AUGACGAACCCCCAGAACGCGCCGAAGCGCGACAAGAACGACGAUAAUUCAGACGAUAGUGGCGACGAAGAUGUCUUCCACGAUGCACACUUCCCGGCGGAGGAAGAAGCCCAACUCCUGAAAGAAUCCCAGGAAAUCAAGUCUGAAGCAAACCAAUUGUUUCUUGCUGCGAGCUACGACCAAGCCAUUUCCUGCUACGACCGAGCCCUUGCCUCAUGCCCAAACUACCUUGACUACGACGUCGCUGUUCUCCACAGUAACGUUGCCGCCUGUCAUUUGAAGCUAGAGGCCUGGAAGUCAGCUGUAGACUCGGCAACUGUCUCCAUCGAACGCCUGGAGAAGAUAAUUCCUUCUACCCCGCUGAAUAAGAGCAAUGAUACGAAGGGAAGCGAGGCAACAAAACAAGAUAAAAAAGAUAGCGACGACGUGGUAGAGAUCUCCGGAGAUGAUGAAGAUGCUGAAUUGGAGCACCUGAAGCGUUUGGAGGAGCAGGAUGAACUCAGAAACAAGGUCUUGCGACUGCGAGCCAAGGUUCUCAUGAGACGGGCGAAGGCGAAGGUACAAAUUGGGGGCUGGGGUAGCUUGCAAGGAGCCGCAGAAGAUUAUCAGGGUCUGGUUGCAAUUGAAACAGUCUCGGCUGAUGACAAACGCAUUGCCCAGCGAGAACUGCGGGAGCUCCCCGCACGUAUUAGCGAAGCACGGGAAAAGGAGAUGGGAGAUAUGAUGGGGAAGUUGAAGGAUGUGAGUAUCUCGCCAUGCUACCUAUUGGAUCUUGUUGGUGGAACUAACAUGAUACAGCUCGGCAACGGGAUCUUGAGCCCAUUUGGCCUUUCAACAGACAAUUUCAAGUUCGUCCAAGACCCGAAGACUGGGGGUUACAACAUGAACUUCCAGUCCUGA